AUGUCCCAGUUUUCUACUGGUGGCAGCCCGAGAGAAUCAUUCACCGCGUCGCCUUCUGCAAACUCCUCACCGGUGCACAACACUCCCUUGAAUAAACCAGAUUUCCACACACGGCCAAACCACAACACUCCACCGCCACCGCCGACGUAUGCGCAGAGCUACACGCAGGAACCCAGCACGCCGGCUCCAUCGUCGCCCGUGAGGCCGAAUCAUGAUCACUCGCCCAUAGGAGAACCACCCGCUACCGCACAAGCCAAUCAUUCACGAUCUCACUCACGAACCCGAAGCAGGAGCUCCUCGAGGCCCUUGUCUAUGGUGCAAACCUACCAGCCGCCCCUCAUGGAUGUGACCGAGGAUACCAUUCCCGAGCUGCAACCCAUCUUCACCUUUUUGAACAGCCAUGGCAACAAACUUUACCAAGAAGGCUAUUUCCUGAAGUUGGAUGACCAAAAUACACAGGGUAAGCCCAAUCCGGACAGAACAUGGACGGAAUACUUUGCGCAACUCGUGGGGACUGUCCUCUCGCUAUGGGACGCUGCCGAACUCGACGCGGCUGGGGAGGAUGGAGAGGUGCUGCCCAAGUUUAUUAACCUGACAGACGCAUCGAUCAAGAUGAUCGAUUCUCUGCCAACCAGGUCCAACGAUGAGCAACCCUUGCAGAACAUUCUGAGCAUAUCGACGGCAGGAAGAAACCGAUAUCUGCUGCACUUUAACUCGCGCCACUCACUGAUACAGUGGACUGCUGGCAUUCGUCUAGCCAUGUUUGAGCAUUCAACUCUUCAAGAGGCAUACACAGGAGCUUUGAUUGCUGGCAAGGGAAAGAGCUUGAACAAUAUCGGCGUCAUCAUGGAAAGAUCCAGAACAACAAAAGAGGAAUGGGUCAGAGUACGAUUUGGAGCCGGAGUUCCCUGGAAACGUUGUUGGUGUGUCAUUUCGCCGCCCGACGAGAAGGAGUACCAAAAGAUGCAAAAGGAACUCAAGAAGAAAUCGCCCUACGACCGCUCACAUCCCCCAAUUCUCAAGGGUGAUAUCAAGUUUUACGAAGAUCGAAAGGAAGGCAGAAAGCAGAAGAAGGCCAAGCCCAUUGCGACCAUUACCGAUGCGUACUCGGCAUACGCACUCUACCCUCAGGCAAAGUCUCUUAUCGAUGCAUCGACCUUGAUCAAGAUUGAGGGUAAUAUGACGAUUCACUCAGACCCGCCCUCGUCUACUGAGGGUUUUGUUUUCAUCAUGCCUGAAGUCCACCCAGCUGUCAGUGGCUUUGGUAUGAUGCUGCAAUUCCUCUUUCCGACUUGGGACACAUUCGGUCUCUACGGACGACCGGGCAGAUUGGCUGCGAGCACGAUUGACUCAAGGUCUCUCAUGUUCGCCAUGCCAAAACAUAAACGAUAUGGUUACCUGGAGAUCCUAGAUGUUACUAGCCUAAUUCUUGCAGAAGGUAGUUCGAGUUGGACGGAAAGAGACUGGAAGAAGAAGCUCAAGGAUUUGACGGGCGAAAGAAUGACAACCGUGGACGACAAGCCACCAACGAACCAUAGCCGCAAUAAUAGCCGCAGCAAGAGAUUGAGCUUUGGCCCAGCUACCGAGGCUGGUGCAAAGCCUCGUGUGGGCUUUGCAGAUGGCGGGGCACCUUCCGUACGCUCGUCACGAUCAAUGUCCCUCACCCAUCGCGCUGCACCCAGGACGGAUUCGGUUCCUCCAGGUGCAGAGCGCGUGCCGGCCAUACCCAGUGCUUUGAAGUCUACUCACAAUAGAAAUGCAUCCGACGGCAACCUCCCUGGAGGUGCUCCUCCGCCACCUCCACAUGGCAUCAGUCCCGUUGGUGAUAGCCCCUCCGGACGCGGAUUGAAUCCUGCCCGAAACUUUGUCAAUGACCUCGCGUCGACACCUGAGCGAGUCAGUUCCGAUGAAGAGCGAGAGCACUCGACCCGGGCCUUGGAUGGAAUGCGCCAUCUGGACACACCAGAGCCAGUAUCACAGCCACCAGCUUUCACGCAUGCCCCGGGAGAGAAGCCCCAGCAGCGACCUUACCAUGCGCCGGAACUACGCCGUGCUAACAGCCGGAUGUCCGCUACGACCCUGGCGCAACUCGCACAGGCUGGAGGCAUCGAGGGCGUGGCCAGGCAGGAAGGCUGGAUCCACGAUGGUAGCAGCGGAAACCAAAGCCCGGUUGGCCCUCGAAAUGACCGAAGCGGUCCACCAAUGGUACAUGCUGCUCACGGCAACAAUCCUGGAAUGAAUGCUAAUGCCGGCUUUCGUGAAGAUUUAAGGGAAAAGACCAGUUCCUCAAGCCUUGCCGCGCCACCUACCGACCUCCGCCAGCAGCGCUCCAGAUCUCCCCUCAACCAAACCAUGGGUCCACCCAGCCCCGGCAUGCGAGGACCCAGCCCUGGCUCUCACCCUGGCACUCCUGGACCACAUGAAAUGAGGAGCCCGCCACCAGGACCACAGGUCCGUCCUCCACCGGGACGUGGUGCGCCGCCAAACAUGCCGCCCGGUCGCGGACCUCCUCCAAACAUGGCUCCAUACGGCCGCGGUGGUCCACCCGGGAGCAUGGGCCCGCCUCCGCAGCGUGGACCACCAAACGGACCACCGCCGAACAUGUACCGCGGUCCGCCAGCCCCCUCCGGACAAGGAAGCCGUCCUGGAACCCCUAGUGGGAGGCGGCCUCCUCCCCCUGCUUUGACCACUUCACCACCAAUUCAGCGAAAGGCAUUGCCGGCUCGAGGAGAUAGCUUGAAUCAUCGAUCCGAGUACCCAAGCUCCCCGACCGUAUCAAGUAGCGGCAGUUUUACGCGUGGUAUAGACCCGGAUAUUGUUGCUCAUAUUCAUGGACCCGGCUCGAGCGGCAGAGCUACCCCUGUACGAAAAGAUACGGCACGUAGCACAACCAGCAGCAACUACGAUUCGACUGAUUCGCCAGACUAUGCUAGCACCAGACCGUCGACCGAUUCAGGGGCGUCUGUUGAGCGACCGAGGGCAGGUGUCCUCCGAACUGUGGGCGACGAUAACUUUCAACAACCCUCUUCCAAUAUACCAAGUGUUGACUUUGGACCGACUUUCAACUACGCUUCACAACAGUCCCGGUCCAAGACCCCAACGCCAGCCAUGCCAGGCCCGCCAAGUACAUUUUCUCCUGGCCCGGCUGGCCAAAAGAAUGCUCCAGGCAGGGAUCUAAGCCACGGACGCAAUGCAUCGGAAGACACUGUUCAACAACAAAGACGAAGUGUCAUUUGGCAGCCGCCCACUCCGGGAGCCUCUGCAGUAGCCGGUGCAUCUGCUCCCGGUCUCACUGCAGAGCAAUUUGUUCAACAACGAGCCGCAGCCGCUGCAGCAACGCCACUUUACGCACAUCAGCGUCAGGCAUCAUCUGGCAACAUCAACGUCUACCGUGCUGGCACUCCUACACCGCCGCUUGACCGAGGUCAUGGACGAGACUACAUGCACGCCCACAGCCGGAGCAACUCACAGGAUUUGCUUCAAAGGCCCAGUUCUAGGGGUGCCGGCGCAGUCCUUGGCGGACAAUCGGCGGGAGAAAACCACCUCUCUGCACGAGAACAAGAACACGUUGCAAGAAUGACGGGUACUCCUCUUAUCAACAUGGCAAGCAAUAAGAAUGCACCUCCACCGGACGUAGGGUUGAUUGGUGCUAUCGAAGCACGAGAGAGGGAGAGACAGCAAAUGAAGCAGGGCUACAGUGGCCAAGCGGUGCAACAAGCGAUCAAUAUGCGUCAACAGCAGCAAGCCAUGCAGAAUUAUCAGCAGCCCAUGGCAUCGCCCGGCAUGGCUCCGCCCGCGGGUAUGUACUCGAACAUGGGCCGACAGUCGCCUGGUCCGCAACAAGGCUUUGGGUAUGCUCAGCAGGGUCUCCCGAGCCCAGGUGUUCAUGCUGGAGCAGGAUGGGCAAGCCCGGGAGCAGGAUAUGGGUCGCCGCGCCAAGGUAACUUCCCAGGCCCCGGUUUGAUGCCUCAGCAAGGCCAGUUUUCCCCUCAGUAUGGAUCACCGGGCCAAAGUCCCCGUACCGCACAGCCACCGGGACGGCCAGGAUUCAACGCGGCACAUCAAGGACAUGCAUUCUAG